AUGCCCGAGGUUCCAAUCCCUAGUGCACAAGUCAUCCAAGUCGAUACCCGUGGUGCCCUGAUUCUCGGCGAAGACUCUCCUGCGACCCGAGACAGCCGCGGGAUAUAUCUCCCAAACCACAUUGAGCCUGUUUCGCAUAUCGCCGUCGAUAUUGGCGGAUCGCUAGCCAAGGUUGUGUACUUUACCCGUUCGGCGUCGUCCCCACAAGCCAAAGCCGAGUCGCCCUCGUCCCCCGGUUUUUCGACAAGGUAG